AUGGCUCUAACUCUAACCGAUUUUUUCAAACUGCUAGGUGCUGUUAUCAUCCCACCUUUGGGUGUGUUCCUGGAACGUGGUUGCACUUGCGAUCUGCUGAUCAACAUCCUGUUGACGUGUUUGGGUUACAUACCGGGCAUUGUUCAUGCGGUGUACAUUAUUCUGAAAUAUUAA